AUGGACGUUCCCAGGAAUCGAAAGCAGCGUCGUGCUGCAGCUGCAACUUCCUCAUCUCCUGAACCUUCAAUUCCCCUCGCAAUCCCGCCCCGCAACCAGUCCGCAAAAAAAAGCGAACGAACAUUGUACGACAUCAUCGCAGAGCGCCAAAAUGAGCUCUUGGGACAACAGGCCGUCUCACAGGCUGCGCUAGACGCAGAACUUGCCAAAGGGCAUAAAUCAAAGUCAAAGGGGCCACGAUAUGUGACCGUCGACGCGUCUGGGAAUGUCGUUGACGCCAACGCCAGCGACCAAGUACCGAUGAAUAACGGCGCAAGAAAGAUCUCGACCGAAGACACAGGGUCAGCUCCAGACGAACCAGAUAAGCCCUUGCCUCCAUUUAUCGACACAGUCCUACUCUCCGUGCCCCUCACAACUCUCCACCUCACCCUGGCUUACGUCGCCGCCCACCAAUACGCUGAACGGAUCGACCUCCCACGCCUCCUUAAAGAAUCAUUCACAAUCACGCUUCCAUUCCUGACAUUCUUCAUCCACUUCGCCCACGGUCAUAUCAUUCGCUUCAGAUUAAGUAAACGUCUAAGCUUCCUCGCCCCGCAGCCCAUAUCUAUCCUCCCACUCACGCCCGACAAAUUCACAUUCUCGUUUCUGCGCCGUUUGAUCUUUCCGCCAAGUUUACGAACAAUUGUGUUCCUUCCAGCGGCGCUCUUGCUGGGUGCGCACCUCAUAAGUGUGACGAAUGGGGAGCCGUACUACGGCGUCAUGAAGAAAGCGCCCGCAUUUGGGACAAUCUGGAUUUGGUGCAUAUUGGAAAUGUCUUUUGGCGCGGCUCUCAUCGGGGCUUUGGCACCACUGGCUUGGGGUGUGUGGUGGAUGGGCUAUGGGAUUGUUUGA